AUGUCAACCCCUUCGAACAGCGUGUUUCCGCUCACAGAUGAAUCCCUCAAAAACUUGAUCCAGGGUCCAGGAGAUGUGGAAUGGAGGUAUGAAAUGCGUCGGGAAUGUCAAGAGAUCAUUCCUGGCCUUCUACUAGGCCCCUUCCAAGCGUCAAAGUCGCUCGAGGUGCUCAAUUCGCUUGGCGUCACUCACAUACUUUGUAUACGUGAUAAGAAGGAAGCAUUCUCCGUGAAACCACGUUUCCCAGAACGUUUCGAGUACCUUGUGUUGGACGUAGAGGAUAACGAAGACCAAAACGUCAUUCGUCUGUUCCCGGAAGCUCACAAUUUUAUUACUGAAUCAUUGAAUAGAAAGGGCACUGUUCUAGUUCACUGCAACGGCGGGAUUUCCCUUUCACCUGCCUUUGUUGUCAUGUUCGUCAUGCGGCGUUGUCAGUUGUCAUGGGAGGAUGCUCUUCACCUUGUUCAAAAUCGUCGCUACUGUAUUUCGCCAAAUGGUGGUUUUUUGACACAGAUCAAGGAAUACGAGUCGAUAUACAAGGCAUCCGUCGCUGUUGCUGGAUUUCCACAAGGGCAGAUGCAAAGAGUUGUCUCCCGGAGGAAGAGAGAUGACGAUGACGAUGAGGAGGAUUUCAGAGAGGAAGACCGCAAAAGAGCAUUAGUUGAUGGAGAAGGGGACGACGCAAUGGCAACAGAUAUAUGA